AUGUCUGACCCAGUAAUUCUUCGAAGUGUAAAGAAAUUUGGAGAGGAGAAUGAUGGUUUUGAGUCAGAUAAAUCAUAUAAUAAUGAUAAGAAAUCAAGGUUACAAGAUGAGAAGAAAGGUGAUGGCGUUCGAGUUGGCUUCUUUCAAUUGUUUCGGUUUUCUUCAUCAACUGAUAUUUGGCUGAUGUUUGUGGGAAGUUUGUGUGCAUUUCUCCAUGGAAUAGCCCAGCCAGGCGUGCUGCUCAUUUUUGGCACAAUGACAGAUGUUUUUAUUGACUAUGACAUUGAGUUACAAGAACUCCAGAUUACAGGAAAAGCAUGUGUGAAUAACACCAUUGUAUGGACUAACAGCUCCCUCAAUCAGACCAUGACAAAUGGAACACGUUGUGGGUUGCUGAACAUUGAGAGCGAAAUGAUCAAAUUUGCCAGUUACUAUGCUGGAAUUGCUGUCGCAGUACUUAUCACAGGAUAUAUUCAAAUAUGCUUUUGGGUCAUUGCUGCAGCUCGUCAGAUACAGAAAAUGAGAAAAUUUUACUUUAGGAGAAUAAUGAGAAUGGAAAUAGGAUGGUUUGACUGCAAUUCAGUAGGGGAGCUGAAUACAAGAUUCUCUGAUGAUAUUAAUAAAAUCAAUGAUGCCAUAGCUGACCAAAUGGCCCUUUUCAUUCAGCGCAUGACCUCGACCAUCUGUGGGUUCCUGUUGGGAUUUUUCAGGGGUUGGAAAUUGACCUUGGUUAUUAUUUCUGUCAGCCCUCUCAUUGGGAUUGGAGCAGCCACCAUUGGUCUGAGUGUGUCCAAGUUUACGGACUAUGAACUGAAGGCCUAUGCCAAAGCAGGGGUGGUGGCUGAUGAAGUCAUUUCAUCAAUGAGAACGGUGGCUGCUUUUGGUGGUGAGAAAAGAGAGGUUGAAAGGUAUGAGAAAAAUCUUGUGUUUGCCCAGCGUUGGGGAAUUAGAAAAGGGAUAGUGAUGGGAUUCUUUACGGGAUUCGUGUGGUGUCUCAUCUUUUUGUGUUAUGCACUGGCCUUCUGGUACGGCUCCACACUUGUCCUGGAUGAAGGAGAAUAUACACCAGGAACCCUCGUCCAGAUUUUCCUCAGUGUCAUAGUAGGAGCUUUAAAUCUUGGCAAUGCCUCUCCUUGUUUGGAAGCCUUUGCAACUGGACGUGCAGCAGCCACCAGCAUUUUUGAGACAAUAGACAGGAAACCCAUCAUUGACUGCAUGUCAGAAGAUGGUUACAAGUUGGAUCGAAUCAAGGGUGAAAUUGAAUUCCAUAAUGUGACCUUCCACUAUCCUUCCAGACCAGAGGUGAAGAUUCUAAAUAACCUCAACAUGGUCAUUAAACCAGGGGAAAUGACAGCUCUGGUAGGACCCAGUGGAGCUGGAAAAAGUACAGCACUGCAGCUCAUUCAGCGAUUCUAUGAUCCCUGUGAAGGAAUGGUGACCGUGGAUGGCCAUGACAUUCGCUCUCUUAACAUUCAGUGGCUUAGAGAUCAGAUUGGGAUCGUGGAGCAAGAGCCAGUUCUGUUUUCUACCACCAUUGCAGAAAAUAUUCGCUACGGCAGAGAAGAUGCAACAAUGGAAGACAUAGUCCAAGCUGCCAAGGAGGCCAAUGCGUACAACUUCAUCAUGGACCUGCCACAGCAAUUUGACACCCUUGUUGGAGAAGGAGGAGGCCAGAUGAGUGGCGGCCAGAAACAAAGGGUAGCCAUCGCCAGAGCCCUCAUCCGAAAUCCCAAGAUUCUGCUAUUGGACAUGGCCACCUCAGCUCUGGACAAUGAGAGUGAGGCCAUGGUGCAAGAAGCACUGAGUAAGAUUCAGCAUGGGCACACAAUUAUUUCAGUUGCUCAUCGCUUGUCUACGGUCAAAGCUGCAGAUACUAUCAUUGGUUUUGAACAUGGCGCUGCAGUGGAAAGAGGCACCCAUGAAGAAUUAUUGGAAAGGAAAGGUGUUUACUUCACUCUAGUGACUUUGCAAAGUCAGGGAAAUCAAGCCCUUAAUGAAGAGGACAUAAAGGAUGCAACUGAAGAUGACAUGCUUGUGAGGACCUUUAGCAGAGGAAGCUACCAGAAUAGUUUGAGAGCUUCCAUCCGGCAACGCUCCAAGUCUCAGCUUUCUUACCUGGUGCACGAACCUCCAUUAGCUGUUGUAGAUCAUAAGUCUACUUAUGAAGAAGACAGAAAGGACGAGGACAUUCCUGUGCAGGAAGAAGUUGAACCUGCCCCAGUUAGGAGGAUUCUGAAAUUCAAUGCUCCAGAAUGGCCCUACAUGCUGGCAGGGUCUGUGGGUGCAGCUGUGAACGGGACAGUCACACCCUUGUAUGCCUUUUUAUUCAGCGAGAUUCUUGGGACUUUUGCACUUCCUGAUAAAGAUGAACAAAGGUCACAGAUCAAUGGUGUGUGCCUACUUUUUGUAGCAAUGGGCUGCGUAUCUCUUUUCACCCAAUUUCUACAGGGAUAUGCCUUCGCUAAAUCCGGGGAGCUCCUAACAAAAAGGCUACGUAAAUUUGGUUUCAGGGCAAUGUUGGGGCAAGACAUUGGCUGGUUUGAUGACCUCAGAAAUAGCCCUGGAGCAUUGACAACAAGACUUGCUACAGAUGCUUCCCAAGUUCAAGGGGCUGCCGGCUCUCAGAUCGGGAUGAUGGUCAAUUCCUUCACUAACGUCACUGUGGCCAUGAUCAUUGCCUUCUCCUUUAGCUGGAAGCUAAGCCUGGUCAUCUUGUGCUUCUUCCCCUUCUUGGCUUUAUCAGGAGCCACACAGACCAGGAUGUUGACAGGAUUUGCCUCUCGAGAUAAGCAGGCCCUGGAGAUGGUGGGACAGAUUACAAAUGAAGCCCUCAGUAACAUCCGCACUGUUGCUGGAAUUGGAAAGGAGAGGCGGUUCAUUGAAACACUUGAGACUGAGCUGGAGAAGCCCCUCAAGACAGCCAUUCAGAAAGCCAAUGUUUAUGGAUUCUGCUUUGCCUUUUCCCAGUGCAUCAUGUUUGUUGCGAAUUCUGCUUCCUACAGAUAUGGAGGUUACUUAAUCCCCAAUGAGGGGCUCCAUUUCAGCUAUGUGUUCAGGGUGAUCUCUGCAGUUGUACUGAGUGCGACAGCUCUUGGAAGAACCUUCUCUUACACCCCAAGUUAUGCAAAAGCUAAAAUAUCAGCUGCACGCUUUUUUGAACUGCUGGACCGACAACCCCCAAUCAGUGUAUACAAUAGUGCAGGAGAAAAAUGGGACAACUUCCAGGGGAAGAUUGAUUUUGUUGAUUGUAAAUUUACAUAUCCUUCUCGACCUGACAUGCAAGUCCUGAAUGGUCUCUCGGUGUCGAUUAGUCCAGGGCAGACACUGGCAUUUGUUGGGAGCAGUGGAUGUGGCAAAAGCACCAGCAUUCAGCUGUUGGAACGUUUCUAUGAUCCUGAUCAAGGAAAGGUGAUGAUAGAUGGGCAUGACAGCAAAAAAGUAAACAUCCAGUUCCUCCGCUCAAACAUUGGAAUUGUUUCCCAGGAACCAGUGUUGUUUGCCUGUAGCAUAAUGGACAAUAUCAAGUAUGGAGACAACACCAAAGAAAUUCCCGUGGAAAGAGUCAUAGCAGCUGCAAAACAGGCUCAGCUGCAUGAUUUUGUCAUGUCACUCCCAGAGAAAUAUGAAACUAAUGUUGGGUCCCAGGGGUCUCAACUCUCUCGAGGGGAGAAACAACGCAUUGCUAUUGCUCGGGCCAUUGUACGAGAUCCUAAAAUCUUGCUACUAGAUGAAGCCACUUCUGCCUUAGACACAGAAAGUGAAAAGACAGUGCAGGUUGCUCUAGACAAAGCCAGAGAGGGUCGGACCUGCAUUGUCAUUGCCCAUCGCUUGUCUACCAUCCAGAACGCGGAUAUCAUUGCUGUCAUGGCACAGGGGGUGGUGAUUGAAAAGGGAACCCACGAAGAACUGAUGGCCCAAAAAGGAGCCUACUACAAACUAGUCACCACAGGAUCCCCCAUCAGUUGACCCAAUGCAAGAACCUCAGACACAUGUGAUGCACCAGUUACAGGGGUUUUUCUUUAAAGAAGAAUGUUAAUAUUUUACUUUUACAGUCAUUGUCAUACAUCAGAAUCCAACCUAAUUUCUAAUGACCUUCCAUAAUAAUUCUGCUUUAGAUGUAUAUACAGAAAAUGAAAGAAACUAGGGUCCAUGUGAGGGAAAACCCAAUGUCAAGUGGUGACUCAGCCACCACUCAGUGCUUCUCUGUGCAGGAGCCAGUCCUGAUUAAUAUGUGGGACUUAGUGAGAUAUCAGGAAGUAAGUGAGACUUUGAACUCCUCAAGGGCAGAGAACUGUCUUGCAUUUUUGAAACCUCAGUGCACACAGAGGCGGGUCUAUAGCAGGCAUUCAACAAACAUUUCUUGAGCUUGACCAAGGUCAAAUUUGAAAAGAACAGAAGGACUGAAGACCACCUGUGUUUCUUGACUAAAGUUGUCUUUUACGUCAAACCAGCUUCCUUUGUCUCUAAGGCUGAGGAUAGGGAAGGGGUGGAUGCUCUCAGGCUGAGGGAGGCGAAAGGGAAAGCAUUGGCACGGGCCUUCCAGUUAGGGCUGUUGAAUUAUGCUUCAGCUUCAGAGUGGGUGUAGGGGCGGCGAAGCUACCAUUACUGUGAGAACCUGCCAGUGUGGCUGGAGCAGGGGACUCUCCCCCAGGCCUUGUACUCCUCAGCACCUCCCUGCAUACUGAUUGUUUUUAGUUUCUACAAAAUUCUAUUCAUGAAAUGAAAAUAGUGCACUUUACUUUGCUGUAGUUUCAUAAGGUGUUAUACAAAAAAGGAAGUAAAUAUGGCAGAAAAGCAGUCGUUUGCCCCUGCUCCCUCAAAACACCACAUAAUGACAUAGAACUAAAGGUGGCAGGAAUCUAGAAGAAUGAAGAAAACACAGUGAUGCCACUUGCAAAAUCUUGGGAGCCAGAAAGCAAAUGGACAACUGAUAAUAGAGUUGCAAGAUGAGAGAAAACAAAAAUGUAACCUGUUAGUCGGGGAGCCUAGAAACGUCCUGUUUUGUACCACAGACCCUUAGAAAGGUUCAAGAUGUAAAAACACUGGGUCCUUCUGGAAGGAGGAGGCAAGGGCACAGAGGGACUGAAGACAGAGGAAUGGGCCAAAAGCCAGUAUGGAAACAGAAUUGCAAAGCCCUGCCUGCAGCAGGAUGGCUGCCUUUCCCCAGUUCCAGCGAGAAACUGAAUACUACCCCUCUGAGGAGGCUCACAGGGAGGUACACCCUUAGAGACACAAGGUGCAGUUGAAGGGGCAGCUAACAUACAAGAGACAGGGGGAGUGAGUGUAAAGCUGUGUAUGAACAAAAGAACUUCCAGCCCCUCUCCUCUGGCAGGAGAUUGAAGAAUGAUUUUCUGGGGAAAGUGGCCAAUCUAAGAAAAGAGGUUGGGCCAGGCGCGGUGGCUCACGCCUGUAAUCCCACCGCUUUGGGAGGCUGAGGUGGGCAGAUCACG